AUGCCCGCACGAGCCCGCCCCGGCCCGCCUCGGCCCGCCUCCGCCGUUUGCACGAACCUGCCGCGCCGCCGGCGGGGCUGCCGGGUGACAGCGUCCUCCCCGCGCGCCGGCUUCCCCCGCCGCCCUCCAGGCGGCCCCCCAGCCACACACACACGCCUGUGCCGGGGGAUCUCCGCUCCUCAAGCGCCCCUUGCCAGGCGGCCGGGUGUGCUGGCGCUAUGGGUGCUGGUGACGCACGUGAUGUACAUGCAGGAUUACUGGAGGACCUGGCUCAAAGGGCUGCGUGGCUUCUUCUUCGUGGGCGUCCUCUUCUCAGCAGUCUCCAUCGCCACCCUCUGCACCUUCCUGGUGCUGGCUGUCACCCGACACCAGAGCCUCACAGACCCCAACAGCUACUACCUCUCCUGCGUCUGGAGCUUCAUCUCCUUCAAGUGGGCCUUCCUGCUCAGCCUUUAUGCCCACCGCUAUCGGGCUGACUUCGCCGACAUCAGCAUCCUCAGCGACUUCUGACCCGAGGGGUGAGGUUUCUGGACCCCGGAGGUCCUCAGGACCUGGACUCAGCCUCUGAGACACCAGACAGGCCUGCCACACCCCCCUGGAAACCCUAGAUCUGUGGCAGAAGAUACACAGCAAGAGGACUGUGGUCUCCCCGGAAGCUGUCCUGCUCCCGUUGUGGGGGAGAUCCGGGUGCAGUGGAAAGGGGUCCUUCCUGCCAAGUUGCUCCUCCUCAGCCUGGCUGGAGGGCAGCUUUAGACCUUUUCAAAUGGAUCUAUUUUCUUAGCGCUCAGUGAGGAAUCUUCGCAAGGAGGGCCAGGGCAAUGAGUCAAGGGGUAGGGCAGUGAGCCGUGACCUAUGCCUGGGGGCACUCUCCCUCAGGCCAGGCUGGGAACCUGGGAGGUCAGGCCAAGUAAGGGAUCUCUAGUAGAGGCCUCUCAGGCCCCAGCCCCAACACCCCAUCCUGUUGUCCUUGAGAGUCAGGUAGCUUAACUCUUCAAUCCCAGGGAUGGCAAUACUUGACUCUCUUUUUCCCAAGGCCUGGGGACCUGAGAGUUUAGUGUCCCUCAUCACCCCAGAGCCGGUCUCCCAUGAGCGUGCUAGAACCAGUCAUCUUCGCCAUACCCAAGCCCUCUCUUUUACACAUACCGCCCUCCCCAAGCAGGACUCCCUGAACGAGGCCAGACUAAGUGUCUGGGAAAGGUGCCCUGCCCCCUGAAGGGCUUUGGGGAAGGGGGCAGCAUGGUGCGGGCUGGAAGGAACCCCUCAGCUCCGUGCCCGGGCACCUCCAGCCCUACAUUUCCAUCCCUUCUCACAUGCAUUAUCCCUAGCCACGAGACACCCCACCGACCCUGCCCCUGCCCGCUGCCCUUCACCUAGAGCUUUUGUCUUUUUUAAUCUCCUUUCUGAAGGACAACAUCUGCUUUUCUGCCUAUACACUGGCACAAGGGCUCACCUAACUCGGGAGGGAAGGAGCUAUUGUUACAUAGAUCUUUUUUAUGUUAGGCUGCCAUGUUGCACGGUCUACCCUCUCCCCACCUGAUGUGUCCUGCCCUUCAGCUCUUUGCCUUAUCUGUGUCACUGUCACUUUAGCAGAAAUACAGCAGCCAUUUGUAUCAGA